CCGGCCGGCGGCUCUCGCACGAUGUUCCGGCUCCUCCAGUGGCUGCCGCUCUUGCUGCUGCUGCCUCCCCCGGGGUCCCCCGAGCCCCCCGGCCUGGCCCCGCUGUCCGCGGGGGCGCCCCCCCAGGCCCCCGACUUGCUCUACGCCGACGGGCUGCGCGCCUACGCGGCGGGGGCCUGGGCGCCGGCGGUGGCUCUGCUGCGGGAGGCGCUGCGGAGCCGGGCGGCGCUGGGCCGCGCGCGGCUGGACUGCGGGGCGCGCUGCGCGGCCGAGCCAGGGGCCGCGCUCCCCGCCUCCCCGGGGCCCGACUCCGGGCCGGGAGCGGCGCGGGGUGCCUGGGAGCCGCUGCUCCUCCGCGCCGCGCUCCGGCGCGCCGAGUGCCUGACCCAGUGCGGGGCGCGGAGGCUGGGUCCGGGGGGCGCGGCGCGGCUCCGAGUGGGGAGCGCGCUCCAGGACGCCUUCCGACGCCGGGAGCCCUACAACUACCUGCAGAGGGCCUACUACCAGCUGAAGAAGUUGGACCUGGCAGCAGCCGCAGCGCACACCUUCUUUGUGGCCAACCCGACGCACCUUCAGAUGCGAGAGGACAUGGCUAAGUACAGACGGAUGUCCGGGGUUCGGCCCCAGAGCUUCCGGGACCUGGAGACGCCCCCAUACUGGGCAGCCUAUGACACCGGCCUGGAGCUGCUGGGGCACCAGGAAGCAGCAUUGGCACUGCCCUGGCUGGAGGAGGCCCUGCAGGAGAGCCUGGCCCAGGUGGAGAGCUGCCGGGCCAGCUGCGAGGGGCCUGAGGAGCAGCAGAAGGCGGAAGAGGAGGCGGAGGGGACCGGGAGCUCAGGAGGCCUGUACGAGGCCAUCGCAGGGCACUGGAUAGGGGUCCUGCGGUGCCGGCAGCGCUGUGUGGGGGACGCGGCCACACGUCCUGGUCGCAGCUUCCCUGUCCCAGACUUCCUUCCCAGCCAGCUGAGGCGGCUGCACGAGGCCCAUGCUCAGGUAGGGAAUCUGUCCCAGGCUGUGGAAAAUGUGCUGAGCGUUCUCCUCUUCUACCCGGAGGAUGAGGCUGCCAGGAAGGCUCUGGACCAGUACCAGGCCCAGCUAGGAGAGCCGAGACCUGGCCUCGGGCCAAGAGAGGACAUCCAGCGCUUCGUCCUCCUCCUGGGGGAGAAGAGACAGCUCUACUAUGCCAUGGAGCACCUGGGGGCCAGCUUCAAGGAUCCCGAUCCCUGGACCCCAGCAGCUUUCAUCCCUGAGGCCCUUAGAGAAAAACUCAGAGAGGAUCGGGAGAAGACGCCGUGGGACCGUGAGCCUCCACAGCCGAAGCCCUUGACUCACUGGAAGGAUGUCCUCCUCCUGGAGGGCGUAACCCUGACCCAGGACGCGAGGCAGCUGAAUGGGUCAGAGCGAGCGGUGCUAGACGGGCUGCUCACCCCAGCCGAGUGCGGGGUGCUCCUGCAGCUGGCCAAGGACGCGGCUGAGUCUGGAGCCAGGUCUGGCUAUCAGGGCCGCCGCUCCCCACACACUCCCCACGAACGCUUCGAGGGGCUCACGGUGCUCAAGGCCGCCCAGCUGGCCCGGGCUGGGGUUGUGGGCAGUCAGGGCGCCCAGCUGCUUCUGGAGGUGAGCGAGCGCGUGCGGAGCCUGACACAGGCCUACUUCUCCCCGGACCGGCCCCUGCACCUCUCCUUCACCCACCUGGUGUGCCGUAGUGCCAUAGAAGGAGAGCAGGCACAGCGCAUGGACCUGAGCCACCCGGUGCAUGCAGACAACUGCGUCCUGGACCCUGACACCGGGGAGUGCUGGCGGGAGCCCCCGGCCUACACCUACCGAGACUACAGCGGACUCCUCUACCUCAAUGAUGACUUCCAGGGCGGGCACCUGUUCUUCACAGAGCCCAACGCCCUCACCGUCACGGCGCAGGUCCGUCCUCGCUGCGGACGCCUCGUGGCCUUCAGCUCCGGCGUGGAGAAUCCCCACGGCGUGUGGGCCGUGACGCGGGGGCGGCGCUGCAGCCUGGCGCUGUGGCACACGUGGGCCCCUGAGCACGGGGAGCAGGAGUGGACAGAAGCCAAAGAGCUACUGCAGGAGCCAGAGAAGGAGGAGGGAGAAGGAAUGCCCAGCAGAGACCCCGCCCCAGAACCCCCCAGCCACAGGCUUCAGCGGGUCCAGGACAAGGCUGGGAAGCCGCCUCGGGUCCGAGAGGAGCUGUGAGGGGCUGAACCAGCUCCUUGGGGAUGUGGCCUCUUGACUUGUGGGGGGUCUGCCUUGAUGCCAAGACCCCCGAGAAGUCCCCAUGUGACAGGAGCAGAACAGCGAGCUCUCCAUCCCUGCACGCCCGCCAGCCUGGGGAUCACAAGGGCCGUGCAGCCCUGGACUCAGAGGACACUGCACAGACUAGCCUGGGCCCAGCUGACGGACCUGCAGCCCUAGGACAGACAGAAGGCGCGAUGCUGCCGCCGUGGAGAGAAACGGCAGGGGGUAGGGCCCGACUGCUUUAAAUGAGGAGAACGAGAGGGAGGGUCACCCCACUGCCCGCUCCCCGCCCGUCAAUAAAGAGCCUGAAGAUCCCUCA